GUUUUCAACUUCAAACAAAAGUCAGGUAAAUUUUUGAUGUGUAUUCUUAAAGUAUUAGUACUACAUAAGACAAAGAAAAAAGAAGAAGUGGUGUCAUUUGCCUAUGUCCAGGAAUGACAUUGACUUCUAACCUCACAUUUCACAGUUGCCGGCACACGUGGCAUGUAAAUCUUUUUAAUUGUCUUUUUCUUAUGUGUUAGUGUGUAAAAUAAUUUGUCAAUUUGGUCUUUUACACCAUGUAUUUUUUAAUAUUUGACUCAAUCAAUGAGUGGUGCGUGAACCUGAGAGUAUAACAUCCACGGAAAGCAAAUCUCAAUAACUUAUUCUUGAUGAUGAAAAUAAACAUUUUCGAAAGCUUGAAACUUAGUUAAAAGAGUACACUUAUUUCACCGCUGCAUAAGCCAGGCAAAAUCCCAAGUGUUGCAAAAAAUCCUACACGAUAACGACAUUGACCUGGUUGCCAUACAAGAGACCCAUACUGAAGACAAAGUCCAGCUUGAUUUAAGAGGAAAGAUACCUGGCUACGAUUUACUGGGAGCCACCUAUGAUAAACAUUACGGCGUCGCAACCUACAUUCGCUGCAAUAUAGAAAAUGGUUUCCUACUUUCUGCUUCCAAUGAGAAUAAUAUACAUGAAGUAGUCACCAAGAUUGGAGAUAUUACCGUAGUUAACAUAUACAAACCUCCAGCCACUACAUGGAACCCAGAAGUGCUAAAGACUCAUCCACAUCCUACUAAAUACAUCGGCGACUUCAACAGCCACCACGAAAUGUGGAAGUACACCACGAAUGAUGAAAAUGGGGAGGCACUAGUAGAAUGGUCCGAAGAGCAAAACACAUACCUAGUUUUUGAUGCCAAAGACAGAGGAACAUUUAAAUCAGCUGCAUGGAGAAAAGAAUAUAACCCAGACCUAUGUUUUGUCUCAAAAGAUACCAAUGACAGACCACUAACAACUGCGAGAAGUGUCCUUGCAGACUUCCCACAUACUCAACAUCGUCCGGUGCUUAUCACCAUCGGAAUAUCAAUUCCAAUAAUUAGAUCAUAUCCUCUACCCAGGUGGAAUCUUAGAAAAGCAAACUGGAAGAAGUUCUCUGAACAACUAGACCGGACCUUGAGCUGGGUCCCUCCAACCAGCAAACAUUAUGAGAGGUUUGUGGGCGCAGUAAUAAGCACUGCCAAGAAAACCAUCCCUAGAGGGUAUCGCAAAGAAUAUGUGCCUGGAUGGACUGAAACAUGUGAAGACUUAUACACGAAGUUUCUCGAAAGUGGUGACCGAGAAAUAGCCGAUGAGCUUUUACACAACAUCGAUACAGCUAGACGCCAAAAAUGGAUAAAGACUGUCGAAAACCUUGACUUCAAAAAAUCAAGCCGGCAGGCAUGGUCCUUGUUGCGGAAAAUUGGAGGAGCUAACCAGCUGGAAUCCAGAGAGUCUAAAAUGUCUCCUAACAAGGUUGCCUCCCAUAUAGUAUCUCUAUCCAGAGCUCCACGAGAUCGAACACAUACUACCAACGUGAAAAGAGACUUAAGGGCAUUAAAACAAAUGAACAGAACGAACUCCGAAUAUUCAGCAAGAAUACUUAUUUCUGAAAUCACACAUGCGCUGAAAGAAAUGAAAUCAGGUAAAGCACCUGGCUUUGAUGGUAUUCAUCCAGAGUUCUUGAUACACAGUGGUGCAUACACGAAACAGUGGCUUGCAAUGUUCUUUAAUGAUAUACUUCAGUCAGGUAACAUGUAACGGUCACGUUACGAAAGUAGCUCUUUAAUAAUUAUUAUUAUUAUUUUCCCUCGGUCUCUCAUUUAAAUUCUCGUAUAGGACCACUGAGGUGACGUCAUACCUCGGUGAUGGAACGUACUCCACCUAUCGAGAAUUAUUCGGGUUCUGAGAGAAUUUGACGUUUACCUUGGCGGAGAAACGCCUCUCGUUCUUUACUUGACUGUGAGCUGUGGUGUCGAAUAGAUAUACCAUAUAGAAUGGCGGAUGAUUUCCUCCAACUUAUUUUAUCACAUAAGAAAUUUAACGUAAAGUAAAAAGUUACCACCAGGGAUUGUCUGGAGUGAGGAGACAUGUGGGUGACAACUCCUGUUGGAGUAUAAAUAGGAAUCAUUCGGUGAGAUCUACUUUUUCAUAGUAAUUUUUUAUGUAUAGUCUUGGUUUUUGUGAUGGAACCUUUGAGAUAUUAGGUUCAUUGUUAAAUUUCUUAGUCAACUCAUUAUUUGGAUUUUAUGUAGAUUAUUUCGAUUAUUGAAUAUUUAUUCAAGGAAAAUUAUAUAUUAAUUUAUUUUUUGGUUAGACAUAACCAAACAUAUGCAAUUCUCAAUUAAUAUUAGAAAUAAUUAUCAUUUCUCUGUAGGUUUUAAAUUUAUUGAACCUCCAAUAUUUUUAUAAAUUCUAUAUAUUUUUACAGAUAUUCCCUCAGAUAAAUCAUAUUCAAAUUUCACAUUUAUCAUUAUUUGUUCAUGUGUUCACACUCAAAAUAGUUCAAGGUUACCUGAGAUUAGUUUUUGUUCCAUCUUAAUGAUCGGUUUUUCUAUGUUAAUGCUUCUAAAAAGUUUCCUCAAUUAUUUCUUCUUCCCUUUACUUUUUGCUAAUGUUUAAAAUGGGAAAUAAAACUGGGAAUGUUUUUAGCCAUUUGGGAGAAACCCUACCAUGAAGUCAUAGACCUUAUUUGACCACCUAGAGAAACCACUACAGCCACAGUCAAGUCAUCAUGGGAAUACGUCUUUUUGGGAACAAGCUAUGGGAGCGUUCCAGCUCAAUUUUCGUCUUGGCACCUGGGCCUACAGGAGUCAUGGAGUCGCACCAUCCUGGUGCAUCAUUUCCUAGGAUGCAACCGCAACCUCGUUUGGGAACAUUUAGUGAGGUGUUUUAGUAACUAUUGGUUUUUUUUAUAUUUCAGACUAUCUGUUAAAUACACUAUGUUUUUUUUCCAGAUUUAGGUUACCUCUGGUUUUUUUUGACAUAUUUGUAUAUUAGAUUAUUUGGUUCCCAAACUUUGUAUCUACGGUAACUUCUUGUGCACAGGAAUAAGCCUAGAGAAAAUUAGGUUUUUAAUGCUUUAUUAUUGCUUUGAUAUUGGUUUAUGUAAUUCGGGUAAAUUUAUUUUUUAAUAUUACUAGCUUGUUUCCCAAAUAUUUUACUGUUAUUCGCUUUAUUCCAUUUGUUCGGUUAAUUUAGGUCAUCGUCGGUAUUUAUCUCAACUUCAUUUCUACUUUAGUCAAUUGUAUAUUUAACUUUAUUUAUUCAUUAUUGUAUUUUCCCUUAGUGAGGCUUGGGCCUAUUUAUUUGUAGUAUUUUCAUCUUUGUCAGUUUCCUUUAGUUGUACGUAGCAGGCGUACUAUAACCAUUUGGUAGAAGACUUAUGUAAUUUUGUACCCUAUAUGUUAGUGAGAGGUACUUAUACCUGUAAUUUUGUAACAGGUAACAUUGUUGUUAUCUUAGGUUGAACAUAACUUUUGCAAACUUUUGUCAUGUUAGAGUCACAUAAUAUGAACUUGUUUAACUCAGAGAUUGUUAAAAAUCUAGUAGUUAUUUUUAAUAAAUAUGUAUUUAUUUUGUAUAUCAUGAAUUUUAUUAUUCCUUUAUGUUCAUUAUUACAGGUUUAAUAUAUUUAAUAUUUGACAGCAGUAUAAGAUACCUGGGAAAAUGAUCGAAGAUCAUUUUCAUGGCGCCCAUGAUUAGUUAGUUUUAUUUAUUUUGUUCGUUUUUAGUCAUUAGUCAUCUCCAUUCAUUUUCAGUACAUUAUUCUUAUUUUAUUAUUUCAUCUUUUAGUCAUCAUUACUAUCUAUAUAGAGCUACUGUUCUUCGACAGGCAUGCAAACGAGCCGUAUCCAUCCUUGAGUGUCAAGUUGCUCUCUUGCAUCUAUAGCUAGCCAACUCUAUUCAGUUUGCCUCUGUCUCUUCCCACUUUACUUCUAUCCCUUCUAAUCCCCCUUUCUUCAGUACUACUGAAAAGUAGUAUUUUUUAUUUUUCCUAUUGCGGCUUCUCAACGUAGAAGUCACUUCAUCCUUUUCUUCCCCCACACACCACUAUCUCUCUUCAUUUUUAGUUACCAAAUCUUUUCUUUUUUUUCCUUACUUCUGUUGGAGUACCUAUAUCUUUCUUUUUACUUUCACUCCAACAGAAGUUUUCUUCAUUUUGUUACACUGGCUGCCCAAUGCGUGGUGCCAACCGUUUAUGGUUUUAAGACAGUAGUUCUUUUAGUUCAUUUUUAUUUUAUUGGAAUUUUCUGUUUUAUUAACUUUUGAUAUCUUUGUAUACAUGUUAUUUCUGAUUUAUUUUUGGUCUUUUUAUUUUUAUUAAUACUAAACAGGUAGACUUAUACUGCUUUUGUUUUCGAUUAGUUUAUUUCGAUACCUCAUUUUUAGUUUUAGUGGUACAGCUCAUAUCUUAGUUUGGAUUUUGUAUUUUUAUUGGAAACUUAUUUAUGUAUUUAGAUUGAGUAUACAUAACUGACAUUAUGUUCUAUUAGUUAAAUUUUUAUUCCUUCUACCAAUGGUAGUACGUUUGCGCGUACAAUUAAUCGUUGAAUAUAUGCAUACAUUUUUUUCUAGUGUGGUUAUAUUUUACACCUAACUAGAAAUUAUUUUCAGUAUUUAGGUAUUUUAUUUACUUUAUUGAUUUGAUUAUUUAUAUAUUUUGCUGGCAUUUUGAUUUGUUGGUGUGUCGCUAAUAUUUUCUCCAUAUGUAUCUUUGUCUUACAAACUUUAGAUUAUAUUUUAUAUUUGUUAUUUUUGAUAUUUGGGUUGUUUGGUAAGACAGGCACACACCACAAAGCACAAUCAGUCCACAACAUUAGCUUCUACACAUGAUACGUUGAAUUCGCAUGGUUCGGAUGAUUACAGAUGGUCAUCCAAAUUAUUUUUCUUUAAUUGGUAGUGUUAAACAUAACAAUUAUAAUUAUUGUAUAGUAAAGUAGUUCCAUUAUCCACCUCAGUUUCUAGUUUUAUUAUUGUUGAUAAUAAUAUUAUAUCAAUGUGGGUACCAUAAAAUAAUGCUCAUAGAAAUCAGAUACUUUAGGUUGAGAUUUAAACAUAAAUCUUUUAUUAGUUAGAAACAUUGGUACUUUUUCUAUUAAGUUUAGAACAAUCCUCAGAAGAAGAUUAACUUAACGGUGUCGUUCAAGCUAAUCUCUUCUUCUGUUUGUCUUUAGCUUAGCUCAAUCGUUAGUAUGGUUAGAAAUUUUAGUCUGAUUUUUUUUUACCAUCUGAUAAUGCAGGUACCUACAUACAUUGCUUGAUUUCAUCUUUGGCUUUGUUGUUGAUGACUUUUAAUUUAUUACUUAUUAAUUUAAUUAUUAUGUAGUACUUUAUGUAUGAGUUUAAUUUUUUUUGGGUAUUAGGCAUGGUGCAUUGUAAUUAUUAUUAUGAGUCAAUGUUAUUAAUUGCUAAUCCUGUCAGUAGGAUUAUACAAUUAAUCAGAACUUCACUUGUAUUUUUGUCUAGUUUUUGCACACCUAACCCUUAAGUUAGAAGGGUUGUUGAUUAUUAUAUAUUUAUAUAUAUUUGGAUAGGUGAACUCAUACAAGUACUCUUGUUUAAUAUGGAUAUUAUUAUGGAACUAUGUUGCACUACCAUAUCUCAGGUUAUAUUAUUUUUGAAUAUUUGAUUACCUACUAUUUUUUUUACAUUAUUUUUAUAUCUAGUUAUGAAUUUGCCAUAUUGGAAAGAUGUGGUUUUUAAUUUGUUAUUGGGUUACUCUAUUAACAUUUGUCUCCAAUAUCUUAAACACUUUAUAAUAAUUUAUAUCCUUCUAUCCUACACACUAUGAUUCUGGAAUUAGAUUGGAAUGUUGAUGUGAGUAUGUAUGGUUUCUUAAGUCUUUUAUUGAUUUCUUCUUGUGGACUAGCCUGUCCUUACUCUGUUAAUGCUAGUGAGUGAGUACGUGGGUUCGAAAUUCAGCAAUUGGCCAUUGCUAUCCGGUUUCGUAAUCUAUGUCCUCAUGGCAGAGUAUGCAGAUGUCUAUUCAUCAUCAUGUCCUAACUAUUCUUGUCUAAUUAGUCCAAUUAUUCCAGUUACAUAUUUACAAUUUGAUAGGGAAGUAUUUAGUUUAUAUUUUAUCUCGUACUUCAUAUUAUGUUUGUUGUUGACUAUCCCUAUACGCAGUAGGUUUGUUAAGUCAGUAUUUGGAGUGUUUAGACAAAUGAGUUGUUCAUUUGAGUAUAUUCCCACUUCUUUCCUUAGGCAUUAGUUUUGUUAUUUAGAUUUUGGAACAUUUCCUGAAUAAUUCCACGUAUGUGAGAGCGCAUGAAUCACGUAUGUGAGAGCGCAUGAAUCUGCAGUUUUAAUUAAAAUUGGUUGCCCGUUCUCGUCAAUUUUUUUUUCCUAUCACUUAUCACAUAUUUUUUUUUUCUAUCACUUAUCAUAGUGUCAUAAAACUUAUGAGUUCAUCAUUUAUUCUUUUUCUUUCUUACUUAUUCUUACAUUAUUGGUACCUUAUCUGAGUCUGGUUAUUCUCCUACAUCUGUUGUAGCAACAUGCUAUAGUUCGCGAAUACCAGCACAAAUUAAGUUUAGGUAGUUUCUAUAUUUUAGUCAAUAUACCUUAGGUAUUUAUCUUACCUUUGAUUUAGUUUGGUUACCUCUCUGUUACUUAGUCUGUUAGUAAUUUUUUUUCUGACUUAUUUUGGAUUACUUAGUUUAGAUAGGUUCAUAUUACCGGAUGAGGGUGUAUGUAGACCUAAUUUAUUUAUUUUGUUCAGUAUUAGUUACCAUUGGAUCCAAUAAUUUAGUUUAUUUAGUAUUAGUAAGAAUUGGUCCAUAAAUUUGCCUGAUCGUUCUUCUUUGGAUAUACUCCUAUAUAAAUCUGGUGUCCAUUGAUAGUCCGAUUCUGGAUAAGCGUCCGAUUCUUCAUUUAUUUUGUGUAUUUAGUUGGAUAGGUUCGUAUUACCGGAUGUGGGUGUACGUAGACCUGAUCUGUUUAUGUGGUUUAGUAUUGGUGUGAAUUGGUCCAUAAAUUUGCCUGGUCGUUCUUCUUUGGAUAUGCCUUUUAUGAAUCUGGUGUCCACUGAUAGUUCGACUUUGGAUUAAGUGUCCGAUUCCACAUAUAUUUUGGUUAUUGAGUUUUGGAUUCCUUUGGUAUGUUUAUUAUUAGUAUUAUUUGGCAUUAGUGAGAGUUGUUCCAUAAAUCUUCCUGAUUGUUCUUCUCUGGAUAUACUAUUAUGAAUCUGGUGUCCAUUGUUAGUUCAAUUUUGGAUUAAGUGUUCAAUUCUUUACUUAUUUUAGUUACUGAUUUUUUUUAUUCACUUUGAUAUAUUUACUUGUGAUAUGGAUCGAAUUGGCUCACACCUUUUCCUGGUUGUUCCGUCCUUGGAUAUAUCCUUUAUAAAUCUGAUGUCCAUGGAUAUUUCAAUUUUGGUUUGGUGCCCAAUUCGACACUUAGCAUUAUUAUGAACGUUAGUACCGUAUUUAGUUUUGUUUUGGCUUUUAAGCAAUAUUAUGUCAAUAUUUGGGUAGCAGAGAGUAACAUAGUAACAUUUUAGUAUGAGUUUGAGUCAUGUAUUUAUUUAUUUCUCCUUGAACAUUAGUUUAUGCUUAUUGGUAAUCUUGCGAAUCAACGUGGAUUGUUAGACUAUGUAUUGCAAAGUUAGUUGUUAUUAUUUUGAAGUUUAGAAAAAAAAAAUUUUAUGGAUAAAAUUUUUUUUUCCCAAGUAGAAGGGGAUUGUAACGGUCACGUUACGAAAGUAGCUCUUUAAUAAUUAUUAUUAUUAUUUUCCCUCGGUCUCAUUUAAAUUCUCGUAUAGGACCACUGAGGUGACGUCAUACCUCGGUGAUGGAACGUACUCCACCUAUCUAGAAUUAUUCGGGUUCUGAGAGAAUUUGACGUUUACCUUGGCGGAGAAACGCCUCUCGUUCUUUACUUGACUGUGAGCUGUGGUGUCGAAUAGAUAUACCAUAUAGAAUGGCGGAUGAUUUCCUCCAACUUAUUUUAUCACAUAAGAAAUUUAACGUAAAGUAAAAAGUUACCACCAGGGAUUGUCUGGAGUGAGGAGACAUGUGGGUGACAACUCCUGUUGGAGUAUAAAUAGGAAUCAUUCGGUGAGAUCUACUUUUUCAUAGUAAUUUUUUAUGUAUAGUCUUGGUUUUUGUGAUGGAACCUUUGAGAUAUUAGGUUCAUUGUUAAAUUUCUUAGUCAACUCAUUAUUUGGAUUUUAUGUAGAUUAUUUCGAUUAUUGAAUAUUCAUUCAAGGAAAAUUAUAUAAUAUAUUUUUUGGUUAGACAUAACCAAACAUAUGCAAUUCUCAAUUAAUAUUAGAAAUAAUUAUCAUUUCUCUGUAGGUUUUAAAUUUAUUGAACCUCCAAUAUUUUUAUAAAUUCUAUAUAUUUUUACAGAUAUUCCCUCAGAUAAAUCAUAUUCAAAUUUCACAUUUAUCAUUAUUUGUUCAUGUGUUCACACUCAAAAUAGUUCAAGGUUACCUGAGAUUAGUUUUUGUUCCAUCUUAAUGAUCGGUUUUUCUAUGUUAAUGCUUCUAAAAAGUUUCCUCAAUUAUUUCUUCUUCCCUUUACUUUUUGCUAAUGUUUAAAAUGGGAAAUAAAACUGGGAAUGUUUUUAGCCAUUUGGGAGAAACCCUACCAUGAAGUCAUAGACCUUAUUUGACCACCUAGAGAAACCACUACAGCCACAGUCAAGUCAUCAUGGGAAUACGUCUUUUUGGGAACAAGCUAUGGGAGCGUUCCAGCUCAAUUUUCGUCUUGGCACCUGGGCCUACAGGAGUCAUGGAGUCGCACCAUCCUGGUGCAUCAUUUCCUAGGAUGCAACCGCAACCUCGUUUGGGAACAUUUAGUGAGGUGUUUUAGUAACUAUUGGUUUUUUUUAUAUUUCAGACUAUCUGUUAAAUACACUAUGUUUUUUUUCCAGAUUUAGGUUACCUCUGGUUUUUUUUGACAUAUUUGUAUAUUAGAUUAUUUGGUUCCCAAACUUUGUAUCUACGGUAACUUCUUGUGCACAGGAAAAAGCCUAGAGAAAAUUACGUUUUUAAUGCUUUAUUAUUGCUUUGAUAUUGGUUUAUGUAAUUCGGGUAAAUUUAUUUUUUAAUAUUACUAGCUUGUUUCCCAAAUAUUUUACUGUUAUUCGCUUUAUUCCAUUUGUUCGGUUAAUUUAGGUCAUCGUCGGUAUUUAUCUCAACUUCAUUUCUACUUUAGUCAAUUGUAUAUUUAACUUUAUUUAUUCAUUAUUGUAUUUUCCCUUAGUGAGGCUUGGGCCUAUUUAUUUGUAGUAUUUUCAUCUUUGUCAGUUUCCUUUAGUUGUACGUAGCAGGCGUACUAUAACCAUUUGGUAGAAGACUUAUGUAAUUUUGUACCCUAUAUGUUAGUGAGAGGUACUUAUACCUGUAAUUUUGUAACAGGUAACAUUGUUGUUAUCUUAGGUUGAACAUAACUUUUGCAAACUUUUGUCAUGUUAGAGUCACAUAAUAUGAACUUGUUUAACUCAGAGAUUGUUAAAAAUCUAGUAGUUAUUUUUAAUAAAUAUGUAUUUAUUUUGUA